UUAUUCUGCAUAAAAUGUUGUAAAUUAUAUAACGUCGCACUGCAAAGGAUUCGGGAGCUUGGUAAUGGCAUCAUCAUCUUCAAUCGACACAAGCCAGCGCAAGCCAAGAAGGACUCGAGGCACACCAUCCUUUCAUUAUCGCAAUCGUUUUGCCGCUGCUUUUAUUGUCGUGGGAUCAGCGCUCUUUGGGCUUUGGAACUUAACGCCCAUACAACGCAUAUGCAACGAAAAACUGAUUAAGGCGCUGGAGACAAGCGAGACAGAAAUUGAUCGUCACGCACUCUUUGAUUUCCCAGCACCUCGUCCUGGGAAAUUCAUCAGGGAGACAAUUGAGGAGGCGGAGAAGCUUAGGGUUGAGCGUUAAAAAUGGACAGGCAAACACGAAAAACUAAUUUUAAAAAACUGCAACUACCCGCGACCACAAAGCUGCGGUAGGUAGCAGUAUCCACUUAAUUGUAUAUAUGUAUACAAAUAGUUAAAUUUGUUGCAGAUGUAGAUUAUAGUGAAAUAAAAAUAAAAUCAUAAAUUAA